GGGAGUGGAGGGGGAGGCAACCCUUCCCCGAAGGGAAGAGGGCUUUGGACGAGAAGGUAUAUCAUUGUUGGACCACCUACGUAUCCGUAGCCAUUUGGGCUCAAGCCGUACUGGCUCAGUUUGCAGUUCUGGCCAAACACGUUCGUUGUUCCGGUUGCUGUCGGGCACUGUGGCAGAGGUAUCGGUGCAUGCAUGGUUAACACGGCAACGCCUUGCGUACUCGUGUUGCUUCCGUGCGUUGCAGCAGCGUUGACGAUCUUUGCAAUACGAUUGGGAACAACUGGACGUGGAUUCCUGCGCUUACCGUGUACGUCCACCAUUUCAACCGUCCCAUCCCUCCACUACUUCGAUACCUCGUGGAGCGACAGAACCCAUCUUAAGAAAUUUAGAUCGUGCGCCCCAGGCUUCCAUAAGUCCGCCCUCAGCACUGCCGUCAUUUUACACGUCUCCGCCGUCAUUGGUCAAGGUCGCUAUAGAUCACGGUGGUACCUUGAAGACGCUCUAUCCACCUGGGAAGCUCACCAGACAGGAAGUUGUUGAUUAUUUUGUCAACUAUGAUGGAUUCAAGGCUGCUUUGGUCAGAGAUCCAUUGGAACGCGUAGCGUCUUCUUUCCAUGAAGUUAUGACGAGGCAGAACCGCGGAAGAAAUUUGGCCCUACAAGACAGGUUGGCAUUUGCCAAUCAGACGGUGCUGGUGGAAAGGCUCACGAAAAUGUUAUCUCCGCUAUCCAGCGAUCUGCAUUUUCUGCCGCAGACGCAGUUUAUGGUGGAUUCGAGCGGUGCUAAGUUCCAGCUCGAUUAUAUCGGUCUGGCAGAUGAUUUGGACGACGAGCUCAGUUUUAGCAUGAGGAUACCAGAAGUGCGUGUGCCCUUUCUCUCCGGGCCAGAUGACUACAAUAUCAGCUUCUCUGAGUUAUUCCGGGUCAACACGACGACGCUUCCUGAGGAUGUCGUUCGAAUGGUGUGCGAUGGCUAUUUGGUUGAUUAUUGUUGUCUCGGUUUUUCUUUUCCGAAACCAUGCCGGCACAUGACACAUGCUCUGCGUUUUUUUCCUGCGUGAUGCUUCAAUGUGGCUUUGCAGUGUGAGAGGCCAGCGCGAUUCACUCCAGCAAGAUUGGACGGAAGAGGCGUUGAUUUUCUAUUCAUCUUCGUGUGCAAUUUUGCUCUGCGAUGCCAGGGCCGCUUAGCGUGUGCCGCCCCGGCAGCCCAAGCACUUGUGCAUUCGCGCUGCGAGAUCCGGAAUCAAAAAAAAUUAGCCUGGCGAAG